AUGCCAAAGGAACAGCGUUCAUUCAAAGCUAUGGAUUACUAUCGAUCACCACCUCUCACCUCGAACAACCUCGUAUAUCCACCCAUCAACUCUCGACCCAUGGCCACACCAUACUAUGAACCACUGCAACAUAGCUACCAGAAUAUGUCCAGCUAUGCAACAGGAGGUCCUGUACAACAACCUCCUUUACCACUUCCAACUCAGCAUUAUGUGCAGAGUACUCCAAUGCCACCUUCCAUUCGACCUUCAUCUGGAGCAUGGACACCUAUUGAUGAUCGAACUUUGAUAGCAGCACGGAAGCAGGGAUUGAAUUGGCAACCUAUCCAGGCAACUUACUUUCCAAACAAAUCGGCCAAUGCCUGUCGAAAGCGCCAUGAACGUUUGAUGGAACGAAAGUCUAGUGAUGAUUGGGAUAAUGUCAAAUCCGAGACCCUUGCGAAGCAUUAUAUGGAUAUGCGCAAAGAGAUUUGGUCCGGACUGGCUGCCGCUACUGGGGAGAAAUGGACUGUUGUGGAGCAAAAGAAGUGUAUGUCAACUGGUCUCAAAAAUAUGCAAACAUCUGCCAGAGCUUAUGCUCGCCGCGAACGUAUGAUGGAAGCUGGAGGACAAACUGGAAAUGCACCAUACUCGGACCACAAUGAUUACGAAGUUCACGAAGACAGCGGGAUUAGCAUCAACCUCGACGGCGAUUAUGAUCGAGAUAAUGGCUCAGAAGCUUCUACUAAUGACCCGCUCAAUCAACAACAUUACUCAUAUGCACCACAAGUUCUCUCGGAUGGCCGACCGGAUGGAUAUCCACAGACGGACCGUAAUGAUGGCUACCCACAAUCGGAUCGCAACGACGGCUACCCACAAACCGACCGAAGUCCAUACCACCAAGAUAACCGAGCGUCAUUUCAUUCACGUUUACCUUCUAUGGAUAUGGGCAUCGAUGCUAUUAUUAAUCAACCAUCUGGACUCUAG